UCGCUGCAUGCCUGUAACGAUGGCGGCCACCCUGAGAGGAAGCUUGGUAACAUUGGUCAAGGGCUUGAGUGGCCCCUGUUGGCAGCAGGUGGCCUUUCGACCUUUGAGUGUGUCUGCUGGACGCUGUGGCCCAGAAGCCCCGCCGGCACGCGCUGAUGCUAUCUUCAAGGUCACGAUGGUGCCGGGGGAUGGAGUGGGGCCUGAGCUGAUGACUGCUGUAAAGGAAGUGUUCAAGGCAGGAGAUGUCCCGGUUGAAUUCGAGGAGUUUCACCUGAGUGAGGUACAGAAUAUGGCCAGUGAGGAGAAGCUGGAGCAAGUGUUGACCUCAAUGAAAACCAACAAAGUGGCAAUGAAAGGAAAGAUUCACACACCAAUGGAAUUCAAAGGGGAGCUGGCUUCAUAUGAGAUGAGACUAAGGCGUAAACUGGAUCUAUUUGCUAAUGUGGUUCAUGUGAACAGCCUGCCGGGCUACAGCACUCGCCACAACAACCUGGACCUGGUCAUCAUCCGCGAACAGACUGAGGGGGAGUACAGCUCCCUUGAACACGAGAGUGUGACGGGUGUGAUCGAAUGUUUGAAGAUCAUCACCAGAGUUAAGUCACGGCGCAUCGCCAAGUUUGCCUUCGAUUACGCCACCAAGAAGGGACGAAGCAAGGUCACCGCUGUUCACAAGGCCAACAUCAUGAAAUUAGCAGAUGGCUUGUUUCUGCAGAGCUGUGCGGAGGUGGCACAACUGUACCCCAAAAUCAAAUAUGAGAACAUAAUCAUUGAUAACUGUUGCAUGCAGCUGGUCCAGAACCCGUACCAGUUCGACGUGCUGGUGAUGCCCAACCUGUACGGUAACAUUAUUGAUAACCUGGCAGCAGGGCUGGUUGGAGGAGCGGGAGUUGUUCCUGGGGAAAGCUACAGUGCCGAGUAUGCUGUGUUUGAGACUGGUGCACGCCACCCCUUUGCACAAGCUGUAGGACGGAACAUUGCGAACCCCACAGCCAUGCUGCUCAGUGCUGCUAACAUGCUCAGGCAUCUCAACCUGGAAUAUCACUCCCAAAUGGUGUCAGAUGCUGUCAAGAGGGUCAUCAAACAGGGCAAGGUACGAACACGAGACCUUGGUGGGUACUCUACCACCAGCGACUUUGUGCGUGCUGUUGUGGAAGGCCUGCGUCACCGACCAGUUUAAUAAGAUGUGUCGUCGCACUCAUCACUGACAUUCCCUUAAAUCUGGACAUUGUUCUUGACAUGGACACGUGUUAAGACUCACCUCCCCUCUAAUGACCAAAAGACAGUUGUGCCACACAGUUUUGAUCAGUUGCAUCACAAUGUAUGUGUUUUAUCAAAUGUGCCUUGUGUUGAACUUUACUAAAAUAAAUGCUGCUCUUUCUCUCACGGAUUUAUAUCAUACAUCUAUAUCUACAUCUAUAUUUUUCUUCAUAGUUACUGUCCAUAUCUAUGCAUCCCUUUACUUUGCUUUGACUCAUUCUGGGAGAGCUUUUUGUCCCUCCUGUUUUCAUGUCCUUGUUGCUUCAGCGAUGUUGGCCAUACAGACUACCUCUCUGCUAUCACACAUUGUAAAGAAACUUGUCUGUAAAGCAACCAGACUUCCUUUAUCUACAGUUUGUAUCAGCUGAUCAACUUUUGCCUAACAUUUCACCAGCAAAUUUACCUCACUUUUAUCAAAUUUUCUGAUAGCCUUUUAUAACUCAACCAUGUAUAGACUGACUACUACUGUAACUCAAUAAACAGUAUCUGUCAAUAUAUAGAUAUAUCUAGAAUAAUCAAGAUAUACUGUAUGUCAGGUAUUACCCCAUUGACUGGGAAAUAACCUUCAGGAGUUGUCACAAAAUGAGAGAUAUAAUAAUAAUUCUGCAGGUUUAUAGCCAAAGAAAACCUCCUAUGUGAUGGUCACAGUGCCCAUGAAGCCAGUCCUCGAUUCAUUGAGAGUUCACAGCAGCUUCACUGGGUUGUAUUAUGAAUUGAUACAUUUAGGAUUAACUGUUUGGUUUCAACAACAAAUGAAAUGGGUCAUAGUUUUAUAUAUUUCAGCAUAAUUUCUAAGGUCUCAUAUGAAAAAGAUUUAUAUAAGAUGGUGCUGCUCGUUCCCACAGGACUUUCCAUGCAACCGAUGCUGUAAGAAUUAAAACCGCUCUAAGUCAUCUCUUCUGCUGUUAUGUUACCACGAAUACUAAACGAUUAAGUAAUGUAUUAGUCACUGCACUCUUAUUUUUAACCUUUGGUGCAAUCAAAUUCAUCAAACGUUAUGGAGAAUGCACACCACUAUCGGUGUAAACAGUGUCCUGUCCUUUCUUAUUUUUUGUUUUUCGAAAAUGAGUUUCUCUUUUGAUCGCGAAUCCUUGAUGGAGAUUUCAUACCCUGCAUAUUAAAGCUUGUCAACAGUGUGAUGUAAUAUUGAAUAAAUAACAUUCUGUCCCUAAACAGUCACAGUUGAACUGAAUGAUGUUACUGUGGUUGAAUACUAAUUAAUAAGAUCCGAUUAGUAGCAUGUAGCACGAUGGGAAUGAGUUUUCUUGUAUGGUUAACAUUGAACACUGUUUCAGAACAUUUACACUAUUUAGUUUAUAAAUGUAUAUUAUGUGUGUGUUGUAUUUUAAUAGCCUAAUGUAUCGUUAAAAAAUAGUAAAAAUAAAAAAGAGAACAUAGCGUAGGAAAUUUAACUGUAACACCUCUCACUGAUCAUACUAUUUGUGUAAUCUGUGAGUGCGGUUUUCAAAGGCUCUCUAACAUGCAGGCCAUGAUACUGUAUGUGGACAUGUGUUGCUGCAGCUGUGCAUA